GGAAUGAUGUUGAAGAGAAUUGAAAUGAUUCAUAGUUUUAGAAACUAACGGCUGCAUAUGUAAUGUAUUAAAAUCAAGCAUAACAUCUCGUGAGGCCGAGAGCUGGGCCUUCGGCUCCCUCAAGAACACCCACAGUCCUCUCUUCCUUCCAGAACAAGGGAUCCUCGUGAUGCAGAGCUCUUAUAUUUCACGAGUUUCAUAUUCUUACCCAGACCUCAAACAUGUCUUGCAAACCAGGUUUGAACUCUCUUCUUCUCCUUCAAAUAUCCCCCACUUCCGCUGCAAGAUCCUUCAUCGGAUUCCAACUAUCAUCGUCUCAACUUCUCCAUGGAAACAAAAAUUCACCUUUUCUUUUCAACACUUUUUCUCUACUUGGUUUCUGUCCAUGCAGACACUCUUCAGACUUACAUAGUUCAGUUGCAUCCACAAGGUGUAACCAGCUCAUUGUUUCCUACUAAGCUUCAUUGGCAUCUCUCAUUUCUUGAGCAAACUGUUUCCUCUGAGGAAGACCCUUCUUAUCGUCUUCUCUACUCUUAUGCUUCUGCCAUGGAAGGUUUUGCUGCUCAGCUGAGUGAAAAUGAGCUAGAGCUAUUGCGAAGUUUGCCUGAUGUUGUUGCAAUCAGACCUGACCGGGUGCUUCAGGUUCACACUACUUACUCUUACAAGUUCUUGGGACUUAGUUCGACUAGAGAUGGUGCUUGGAUUAAAUCUGGAUUCGGUCGUGGAACAAUUAUUGGAGUGCUUGACACAGGAGUUUGGCCUGAGAGUCCUAGUUUCAGUGAUCAGGGAAUGCCACCUGUUCCCAAGAAAUGGAGAGGGAUUUGCCAAAAAGGGCAAAGUUUCAAUGCCACGAAUUGUAACAGGAAACUUAUUGGUGCUAGGUUCUUUAUAAAAGGCCAUCAUGUUUCCUCAGUGCCACCAUCAGCAAACAUGAUUGAGGAGUAUAUAUCACCCAGGGAUUCCUCUGGACAUGGAACUCAUACGUCAUCCACAGCUGCAGGAGUUCCUGUUCCAAUGGCAAGUGUCCUUGGUAAUGGUGCUGGUGUGGCCUGUGGAAUGGCCCCUGGAGCCCACAUUGCUGUGUACAAAGUAUGCUGGUUCAAUGGCUGUUACAGCUCCGAUAUCCUAGCUGCAAUGGAUGUUGCAAUUGCGGAUGGAGUGGAUGUGCUUUCACUCUCUCUAGGUGGCUUCCCAUUGCCACUUUUUGAUGAUAGCAUAGCCAUUGGCAGUUUUCGAGCAGUUGAGCAUGGAAUAUCAGUAAUCUGUGCUGCAGGAAACAAUGGCCCACUUGAAAGCUCAGUUGCCAAUAUAGCUCCUUGGAUUGCUACCAUUGGUGCUAGCACACUUGACCGGAAGUUUCCAGCCAUAGUUAGGAUGGGAAAUGGAGAAUUUGUUUAUGGAGAGUCUUUGUUCCCAGGAAAAUGGUUAGCAAGCGCCAAAAAAGAACUUGAACUGGUCUAUGUCACCGGUGGGAACAGCGGAAGUGAAUUUUGCUUCAGAGGGUCUCUCCCCGGGGCAAAAGUACGAGGCAAAAUGGUUGUAUGUGACAGAGGUGUGAAUGGAAGGGCAGAAAAAGGUAUAGCUGUCAAAGAAGCCGGUGGUGCUGCCAUGAUAUUAGCAAAUACAGAUAAAAACCUCGAGGAAAACUCAGUAGAUGCCCAUGUUUUGCCAGCAACUGAGAUUGGUUAUGACGAGACAGUACGCCUAAAGACUUACAUGAACGCUACCAGUCGUCCUAGAGCUCGAAUCAUAUUUGGUGGAACUGUUAUUGGAAGGUCACGAGCACCAGCCGUAGCACAGUUUUCAGCCAGAGGGCCUAAUCUAGAUGAUGCUUCAAUCCUCAAACCCGAUGUGAUUGCUCCCGGGGUUAAUAUCAUUGCUGCUUGGCCUCAAAAUUUAGGUCCCACUGGCCUUCCAGAAGAUGCUAGAAGAGUUAAUUUCACUGUCAUGUCUGGUACUUCCAUGGCAUGUCCUCAUGUCAGUGGAAUUGCAGCUUUGGUUCACUCAGCACACCCGGGAUGGACCCCAGCCGCUAUUAAAUCUGCAAUAAUGACAUCUGCUGAUGCCAGUGACCAUAAGGGAAAACCAAUAAUGGAUGGAAAUAAACAGGCUGCUAUUUUUGCUAUCGGAGCUGGACAUGUAAACCCUGAUAGGGCCAUCGAUCCAGGGUUGAUAUAUGAUAUCAGGCCAGAUGAAUAUGUCAUUCAUCUUUGCACCCUUGGAUAUACAAGAUCAGAUAUUUUUGCAAUCACACACAGGAACGUGAGUUGCAAUGAGAUUUUACGGAUGAACAGGGGUUUCAGCCUCAAUUACCCCUCCAUUUCUGUAGCUUUCAAGCAGGGAAUGAAGCGUAAAAUGAUCACAAGGCGACUGACAAAUGUGGGAAGUCCUAAUUCUGUCUAUUCAGUGGAAGUGAAGGCUCCUGAGGGAGUCAAAGUAAGAGUUAAACCUCGAAGGUUAAUAUUCAAGCAUAUCAAUCAAAGUUUGAGUUAUAGAAUAUGGGUCAUAUCAAGGAUGAAAACAGAAACAAAGAGGAUAAGCUUUGCAGACGGGCAAUUGACAUGGGUGAAUGCUCACAAUAACUUCUACAGGGUUCGAAGUCCCAUUUCAGUCACUUGGAAGCAGUAGCAGCUCAGCACCUGCUU